AUGUUUUCCAAUGAUCCAAACAAUUGGAAUUUUGCUGCUGCAUCAUUGUUAUUACCAAAAUUAAGUAUAUCUUCAACGCAGUUUGAUAUUUUAACUCAAUUAUUAGCAAAAGAAUGUAAGCGUGAUUUAAAUUUAUUUAAGACUCAUCCAACACCGCAUAUAGAACAGAAAUCAAAUGGUGUUAAUUUUAUUCUUGGACAAGUACAAAUUUUUGUUGCAGAUGCUCAGUUAGAACGAUCUGAUCUAUUCAAGAAUGGUUCAUGCCCACCAAUAUCAUUUAAAAGGGCACUUGCACACGUAGCUUUUGCUACAUAA